UCCACAGCGCUGGAGAGAGAGUAUAGUGGGAGAGAGAGAGAAACAGUAGUCAGUUUGACAGAUAAGCACGGCGGAUGACUUGUCUCUCUCUGAAUGUACCGUGAGCAGGAGAGCAAGUAAGUACCAAGAGUACCAGCCAAGGCAGUUCUCCAGAUGCACAAACACACACACAGAUUCCACAGCCUGGUACAGACAGGGAGCGUGUGAAGAGAGAAGAGUGUCACAACUAAGUUUCCAGGUGGGUCAUCAAAGGUUUCCCAAGCGGAGUCUAUCAAAGUGUAAUGGGUUGCCCAGAUCAGAGACUUUUCCUCUGAUCCUGCAAAGAGAGCUAGUCCUCACACUGAGCGACCCCCGCUCAUGGAGAAGCUGACGGAGAAAGACAAGGAGCUGAUCCGAGGCAGCUGGGAGAGUCUUGGCAAGAACAAAGUUUCACACGGAGUCGUCAUGUUCUCCAGACUGUUUGAACUAGAGCCUGCGCUCCUCAACCUCUUCCACUACAACACAAACUGUAGCCCCACACAAGACUGCCUCUCCAGCCCUGAGUUCCUGGACCAUGUCACAAAGGUAAUGCUGGUGAUCGAUGCAGCAGUCAGUCACCUGGACGACCUCCAUACCUUGGAGGAUUUUCUGCUCAAUCUGGGGAAGAAGCACCAGACAGUUGGGGUUAACACCCAGUCUUUUGCUGUGGUGGGGGAGUCCCUUCUCUACAUGUUGCAGUGUAGUCUGGGUCAUGGGUACACUGGCCCACUGCGUCAGGCCUGGCUCAACAUGUACACCAUUGUAGUGGCGGCCAUGAGCAGAGGAUGGGCCAAGAACGGGGAACACAAGACUGACUGAAACAUUUGCUGGGGUCUGCUACCAGUCUCUGUCUAAUCACCUUCAUGGUUGCUACGGAGUAAGGUUGUAUAGCUCACAGCCUGAAGGUUUUGAUUGCUGUAUUUUUCCUCAGUGGGUCAAGGGUUACAGUAGAGGGAACGAAUAAUGUUAUGACACUUGACACCACAAACGAUGGUUGAAUCACCUGAUGUUCACAGAGUUAACUGUUUUUGCUGGGGAUGUUGUAGCUGUAGAAAAUGCUGCUAUAACGUUGUGGGGAUGUUAUGUGUCAACCAGCUUUGCACGUGCUCUAAGUCUUCAGUUUGAGUUCCUCAAAUUAGAGAAUUGGUUAAAUUAAUGUAAUGACUGAAUUUGCUUUGUAAUUUUUUUGUUGUUGAUAUACAGUGGCUUGUGAAAGUACU